GCGGUCUGGAGUGGGGUCCCUUUUCAGGGAGUGAGGCGGUGGGGGCCCGGGACGACUGUCUGUGACCCUGGACUGAGUCCGAGCCGGGAAGGCGGGUGUUGGUGCUCGAGUUGCUCCGCAGUUGGGCUGGGAGAAAGGCCGCGUGCAGGGAUCCGGGUCUCGGCCGGCGUCCGCUCGGUCAGCCGCUGUUCCUGCUCUGUGUCGGGCUCUGGGGCGACGUGGCUUGUCGUGGGCUCGCGUGCUGUGCUCUGCUGUGGAUGCAGCCCCAGAGGCGCUCUUUAGGAGCAGAUGAGGAAGAGUGGGGGGAAGGAAGACUGGAAAUGAGAAACUGGAGACUGCUCCAUCUAGGAAAGGACAGAAAAUUGGAAACCAGUUGGCUGUUUAUCCUAAGUCAGAUUUACCGCGAGUACUCUAGUGUUUUAAUGGAAAAUUCGAAUACUGGUUUUCGAGUGUGAAAAGCAUAUCUUGAGCUUAACCCAGGAAACUCUGUACAUUCAGUUAUGUAUACCUUGCAUAAGUAUGCAAGUUUUCCUUCUACUCCCACUGAGAUUUCAUAUCUGAUAAUCUUACUAAUGUAAUGCAUUUUCUUCCUUCUGCUUCUGACACCCCCCCCCCCCAACAUCCCUUGGCAGGUACUAAUUCUGUUCAGAUUUCUUCAAGCUGUGUCUUUUUAGCCAGACUUCCUUUUUUUGCUCUUUUGUGAGCGGUCGGAAACCUCCUGGAAUAUCCCUCUUUAUUCUGUAAAAGUUGGUAGUAGUUUGGGGUAGUUCUUUGGCUAUAAAUUUGAGUCCAGAGAAAAAACUUAAGUGAUGACAACUUCUUGGCUAUUGUGUUAUUUGGGAUAGGCAAAGAGAAAUCAGCAUUUUCUGGUUGAUUUUCCUUUUCACUGGAGCAGUUCAGUACUAAUUGUGAGCAUGCUCACAGAAGAGUCUUGUAGGUGGAAAGCGCAUGAGUGAGGGGCAAGAAAAUGGUAGAGGAAUGUCUUUGAAAGUCCACCUUAUAAAAAACAACACCAAGUUUAAACUUCUUUGUUAUAACAUCUGAUACUUCAGCGUGGGGGUUGGAAGUAGCUUUGAUGAUGGAAUUUUAUCUCUGCAGCUUUUCUCUCCAGCAUCCUGUCAGGUGGCCCUGGGUGUCACGUCUGCUAGAUUCCUUUAUUGGGAGAAUUUACUUUGUAGUAUUUGUGACCAACGGUUUUUUAUACACUUGGGAAGAGCCCUAGCUGUCUUGCAAGAUGUCCAGCACUUUUCUUGUGGAUCUGUCCUUGGAACCUCCAGGAAGAGCAGCCCUGGUUCGUCAGUCCAUACCAGUAUUUGUAGAUUAAUGGUCCGUGAGCCAAUCAUGGCUUGCUGAGGUAACCAUGACAUUUGACGAUGUGGCCAUAUAUUUUUUGGAACAAGAGUGGGAGAUCCUGAAGAAGUGGCAGAAGGAAAUGUAUCAGCAAGUGAUGAAGACCAAUUAUGAGACCCUGGAUUCCCUGGGCUGUGUUUUUUCCAAGCCAGAUCUGAUCACCUGGAUGGAACAAGGGAGAAUGCUAUUAACCAGAGACCAGGGACGCUUAGAGAAAACAAGAAUGACACUUAGCCCUUCUACUGAUGAGCAGUUGGACUUGAAGAAUACUGGAAAGUCGCCGUGUGUUGGUGACCAAGGAACUCUCAGGGCAAAAGAUGAGGAAUGCCAUUUAAAUGGUCUCCAGAAGCAGGGAUCAUGUGCUGCUUUAUCAGGGGAGGAAAGAAAGCUUUUAUCAAAUCAAAGAGCUGCCUUACAACAUCCAAGUCUCCAAGAAACAGAGAUUCUAAAUAAAAACCCCGACAUCACAGCAUCUAAUCAGGACAAGAACAAUCCAUGGCAUGAGUCGAUGGGUACCCCAGGUCACCUGGAACUUCCACCAAGGCCAAGACUUUAUUCUUGCUUUGUCUGUAGGAAGGUCUUCCAGGUAAAGAGAGACUUGGUAAAGCACAAAAGGAACCACUCCAAGAGCCAGCCCUGUAAAUAUCCAAAGUACAAAAACCAAUCCAGAGGGCACUCUAGACUCAGGUGGAACCGGACGAUCCUGUGUAAGAGGAAGCGUUUCCAGUGCGGUAAGUGCGAGAAGAGCUACUCUCUGAAGUGCAGCCUGCUCACUCACCAGGUGGUUCACACGGGGCAGCAGCCCUUCCAGUGCCCCGAAUGUGACAAGACCUUCCGGUAUAAAGCCACUUUGCAGAAGCAUGUGUGUUUGCACAAAGGGGAGAGACCAUUGUCCUGUAAGGAGUGUGGCAAGGGUUUCAUCCAGCAGUGCAAGCUCACUGAGCACCUCAGGGUACACACUGGGGAGGAGCCUUUCCAGUGUCAAGAGUGCGAGAGAAGCUUCCGCCUGCAGAGAAGUUUGAAGGCCCAUCUUUGUCAGCACAGUGGGAAGAAGCCCUUCCAUUGUCCAGAGUGUGGCAGGAGCUUUUCCCGGAAGGCUGCCCUGAAGGCCCACCAGAGGAUACACAGUGGAGAGAAGCCGUUUUCUUGUGAUAAAUGUGAUAGGAAAUUCACCCACAAGACUAAACUCACUGAACAUGUCAGAGUUCAUACGGGAGAAAAGCCCUUCCAGUGUCCUGAGUGUAAUAAAAAUUUCCGCCUAAAGAGAAGCCUAAAAGCCCAUCUGUUUCAGCACAGUGGAAAGAAGCCCUUCCAGUGUCCAGAGUGUGAUAGGAGCUUUUCUUGGAAAAAUGCCAUGAAGGCCCACCAGCGUUUACAUAGCGAGGAGAAGCCCUUCUCCUGUGGGGAGUGUGGCAAGAGGUUUACCCGUCCUUCUAAGCUCGCUCGCCAUAGCAGAGUCCACAGCAGGCAAAAGGAAUUCUCCUGUGGCGAGUGCAAAAAGACCUUUCCUCGGCAAUCGAGGCUCACGGAGCACCUCAAGGUCCACACCAAAGAAAAGCCAUUCUCCUGCGCAGAGUGCAGCCGGAGCUUCAGCCGACAUUCGCACCUCACUGAACACAUGCGACUUCAUGGUGGGGAGGAGCCUUUCCAGUGUCCUGAGUGUGACAAGAGCUUCUUCUGGAAGGCCUCCAUGAAGUUCCAUCAGCGGAUACACAGGGGCGAGAAGCCCUUCGAGUGUAGUGAGUGCAGUAAGACCUAUGCUCAGCAGUCUCAGCUCACUGAACAUAUGAGAAUCCACAGUGGAGAGAAACCCUUCCAGUGUCCUGAGUGCAAUAAAAGUUUCCGUCUCAAAGGAAAUUUGAAAAGCCACCUGCUCCAGCACAGUGGCAAAAAGCCAUUCUCUUGUGUUAAGUGUGGCAAAAGUUUCACUCAGCAGUACAGGCUCACAGAACACAUUCGAGUUCAUAGUGGUGAGAAGCCCUUCCAAUGUCCAGAGUGUGACAAGAGCUACUGCAUAAGGGGCAGUUUGAAGGUCCACUUGCACACACACAGUGGAGAGAAGCCCUUCAGGUGUCCUGAGUGUGGCAAAGGCUUCCUCCAGAAGAGAAGUCUGAAGACCCAUCUGCACCAUCACAGAGGGGAGAGGCCUUUUUCCUGUGAUGAGUGUGGAAGGAGCUUUACAUACAUGGGAGCACUCAACACCCACAUUGCAGUACAUGCCAGGGAAAAGCCCUUCAGUCUCUAGGUCAAGCCACACACAAAGGAAGCAGUGACAGCUUUUUGGUGGAGCAAGCAGCUCUGUUGGCUCUGGCUGAGGCAGGAUAAAGAACUUCAUGGAACACUGGCUUCAGACACACUGGCCAGAUGCAGAGCAGGCAGGGUGUGACAGCUUCUUAACAAAAGUUCCAAAUAAUACAGGCAUAAGAUAGUCAAAGGGGCAUCUCCCCUCUAUAGUCCUCAUGGGCAAGGCCUGUCAGUCAUGGAAGGAACAUUCUACUUUGUUCUGUGAUUUCGUCAGUUUUUUCAGUGUCAUCCAAGAGCAUAGUAAUCCCUUCAUUAAAUUCUGAAACCACA